AUGGACCGCGUGCGAAAGGCCCUAGGCCGUCAACAUUCUUCAACCUCAACAUCCGAAUAUGAACCUCUUACAGGCAACGAAGAAGCCACUCCCCUAGAGGGCUCUACCCAGCUUGAAGGCCAGCACGAACUACCAUUCUCAUGGGUGGAAUAUAGUAUCUUCGGCCUGCUAGGCGUUGCCAUGCUCUGGGCUUGGAACAUGUUCCUCGCCGCAGCUCCCUACUUUACUGCUCGUUUCGCCGGUGAUGCUUGGAUCCAGGCCAACUUCCAGUCUGCGAUCUUGACCGUCUCAACUGUUACCAACCUCGGUGCUAUGCUUGUCCUCACCAGUAUCCAGUACUCAGCGUCAUACCCCUUCCGAAUCAACCUUGCGCUUGUCAUCAACGUCGCUACUUUCGGCCUCCUGACAGCUUCCACUGUACUCGGCCUCAGCGCAUCACCUACCGUCUACCUUGUGUUUCUGCUUGCUACAGUAGCUGCUGCCGCGCUUGCUGCAGGUCUUAUACAGAAUGGCGCGUUUGCUUUUGCAGCUAGUUUCGGGCGUCCAGAGUACAUGCAGGCCAUCAUGGCUGGGCAGGGCAUCGCAGGCGUGCUACCACCGCUUGCCCAAGUCUUCACUGUUCUUGCCUUUCCCCCCGACAAGGACAACGCCUCCAAAGGCGCAUCCGCAGAGGAUGGGCAGACAUCAGCAUUUGUAUAUUUCCUCACCGCUGUAAUUGUAUCGGUGGUUGCGCUGGUUUCCUUCAUCCCAUUGGUUCGCCGACACAACCACAUUAUUGAAAACCGCAUGGUUGAGCAAAUGAACGAAUCUAUGCACAGUAUCGAAGAGGCCGAACGUGCCGCCCGCAAGGUUACAUCCCUCUGGCGGCUGUUUACCAAGCUUCACUGGCUUUCCAUUGGUGUGGCGCUCACAUUCACCGCAACUAUGUUUAUGCCUGUUUUCACAGCAAAGAUUCAUUCUGUCAAGGAAACCUCUGGCGCCAUCUAUCAGCCUGCAGCCUUUAUCCCGCUUGGGUUUUUCUUUUGGAAUUUGGGCGACUUGGGUGGCCGUGUAGCAACCAUAUUGCCGUUCUCCCUGCGACACCGCCCCUUUGCGUUGUUUGUUCUCGCUGUCGUUCGCUAUGGUUGGCUGCCUCUUUACCUGCUUUGUAACAUUGAUAAUCGUGGCGCCAUAGUUUCCAGUGACUUCUUUUAUCUCUGUAUUGUUCAGUUGGUAUUUGGCCUCACCAACGGCUGGCUUGGUUCUAGCUUCAUGAUGGCAUCUGGUGAGUGGGUAGACGAGGGCGAGCGCGAGGCUGCUGGCGGCUUUAUGGGAUUGUGCCUUGUCGCCGGUUUGUCGGUAGGCAGUCUUUUGAGUUUUACAGUGGCAGACAUUUAG